AUGACCUGUUUUCCUUUCUCAUUCAAGAAGACUUCGUCGAUUUCGAAACAUAAUAUAGACAACGCCGACGAAGAUAUUUCGGGCAUUCAUAAUGUUAAAAUCUAUACCUAUAAAGAAUUAAGAAAGGCGACGGAUGACUUUAGUCAGGCCAAUAAAAUCGGAGAGGGUGGUUUCGGUUCUGUCUACAUGGGCCGUCUUAAAGGUGGAAAACUUGCUGCUAUAAAAGUUCUUUCGGCCGAAUCAAAACAAGGGGUGAAGGAAUUCUUGACAGAGAUUAAUGUGAUCUCUGAAAUCGAGCAUGAAAAUUUAGUCAAGUUAUACGGUUGUUGUGUCGAAAGAAACAGCAGGAUAUUAGUCUACAAUUACCUUGAGAAUAACAGUCUUUCGCGAACUCUUCUAGGUGGAAGUCACAAUAGUAUCUACUUUGAUUGGCGAACGCGGUGUAGAAUAUGUGUUGGCGUUGCAAGUGGGCUCGCCUUUCUUCAUGAAGAAGUCAGGCCUCCUAUCAUUCAUAGGGAUAUAAAAGCAAGCAAUAUUCUACUCGAUAAAGAUCUUACACCCAAGAUUUCCGAUUUCGGUCUUGCAAAGCUUAUGCCUGCAAACGCAACUCAUGUCAGCACGCGUGUAGCAGGAACAUUAGGUUACUUGGCACCAGAGUAUGCUAUCGGAGGGAGACUUACACGAAAAGCGGACAUUUACAGUUUUGGUGUCCUCCUUGUGGAGAUUGUCAGUGGAAGAUGUAACACAAAUUCGCGACUUCCAAUAAAUGAACAAUUCAUUCUAGAGAGGACAUGGGAACUUUACGAGCGAAAGGAACUAGUUGCGCUGGUAGAUACAUCGCUAAACGGAGAAUUUGACGCCGAGCAGGCAUGUAAAUUUCUGAAGAUUGGUCUUCUUUGCACUCAAGAAUCUCCAAAAUGCCGCCCGUCCAUGUCUUCUGUGGUCAAGAUGCUUACCGGAGAAAUGAAAGUUGAUGACAGUACGAUGACAAAACCGGCUUUAAUUUCCGAUUUCAUGGACCUCAAAGUCAGAAAGAAUCAAGAAAGUACUACAAUGGAUUUGAAGACUUCAUUGUCAUACAAUACAUCGUCUACCUCGGAGCAACAGGACUCUACCAUUACAUCAAUUGCAACUGCACAAUAUGAUCACAGCAUGUAA